AUGGCCUCAGAGGCUGAUGAGGAGAGCUUAGACCUCUUCCAAGAGCCUGAUGAUUUCUACGAGCCAGAAAAGCAAGCGACCUUUGCCUCUCAUCAACUACUUUCUGGGCAGGAGCUCCAGGUUCGAUUAGUGGGCCACAAUCCACUGUGGGGUCACUUUCUAUGGAACGCGGGGCGAACCAUAUCAGCAUUCCUAGAAGAGCGAGCAGACGGGCUUGUCAAGGGGAAGACGGUACUUGAACUCGGUGCUGGGGCAGGGCUUCCCAGCCUUGUCUGUGCUCUGAACGGUGCCUCCCGAACGGUCGUCACGGAUUACCCCGAUGCUGAAUUGAUCGAUAAUCUACGAUACAACAUUGAACACUGCGAUCUAUUGCCUAAACCACACAAGGUCGUUGCAGAGGGGUACCUUUGGGGCGCACCUAUCGAAGACUUAACGAAGAACCUGUCGAAUGAGAAGGCCUUUGAUGUGCUUAUCCUAGCCGACCUCCUGUUCAACCAUUCCGAGCACGGUAAACUCAUCAAAACCGUGCAGCUGACGCUAAAGAAGACCCCGGCAUCAAGAGCCUACGUCUUCUUCACGCCGUAUCGACCAUGGUUAUUCGACAAGGAUAUGGCAUUUUUUGAUUUAGCCCGAGACUCGGGCUUUACUGUCGCCAAGACCUUCGAAAAGGUGAUGGACAAGGUCAUGUUUGAAGAAGAUCCGGGCGAUGAACUCCUCCGCCGCACUGUUUUUGGCUACGAACUCAGCUGGGCAAUCUGA